AUGGAGAGAGACUACAGCAGGAACACAGGAAAAGCAGAAACAUGGACAAAGGGCAUUUGCAGCCUUGUGGUUGAAUUCACCCCUGAUCAGAUUGAAGAAUUUAAGGAAGCGUUCUCACUCUUUGACCGGACUCCUAAAUCUGAGAUGAAAAUCACAUAUGCACAAUGUGGAGAUGUCUUGAGAGCUUUGGGGCAGAAUCCAACCCAGGCUGAGGUCAUGAAAGUGCUUGGUAGACCCAAACCAGAAGAAAUGAACUCCAAGAUGAUUGACUUUGAAACCUUCCUGCCCAUGCUCCAGCAUAUUGCCAAGACGAAAGACACAGGCACCUAUGAGGACUUCGUGGAGGGUCUACGCGUGUUCGACAAGGAGGGAAAUGGAACGGUGAUGGGGGCUGAACUCCGCCAUGUUUUGGCUACGCUGGGUGAGAGAUUGACUGAAGAGGAAGUUGAUAAGCUAAUGGCUGGUCAGGAAGAUGCCAAUGGCUGUAUCAACUAUGAAGCUUUUGUGAAACAUAUCAUGGCUAACUGAAUGCCAGGACAAGAUAGAUGCUGAGAGCCCCAGAUGCUGGCCUUGAAUUUCAAUGUAAUGGAAUAUCUUCUCAUUUUUCAGCCCAGAUUGCUAUUACAGAGCUACAAAAUGUGCUGUCCCUAAAGUUAUUUGGAUAAAAGUUUUUUUGUUUGUUUUGUCUUGUUUCUUCAUGGGAAGAGGGUGACCUCUGUGGAGAUUCAAUACACUCAGGAAACUGAAGAAGCUGGAAUGUGAACUAUGAAUACCUGGGCAUUGUCAUUUUUUUCUGAUACAGAAUAUAAACAGCAAUACAGAAUUGUUAAGCAAGAGGGUGAAAAAAGGGAGUGAUUUUUUUCAUGAUUAAAUCAAUCAAAAACUGUAUGUGUCAUUUAGCCAUAUCCUUCCUUCUCCUUCCCUCUUCCUUUCAAAAAAACCUGGAUCUUUCUCUUUGUGUUUAUUGCAUUUGUAAAAAAAUAUCUGUAAGAGAGUAAGGGAGAAAAGAAAUUAAACCAGUGGUAUAAAUCUCAUGUAUGCAAGGAAUACUGUUAGUUUUAUAGAAAAACAAUAAAAGUAGAAUGCCCAGCAACCAGCAACAAACACAAACUUGUUCACAUGUUUCUCAGCUUUGGAAGAUAUCACCGUUAAUGUAUAAGAUGUAAAAGAAAAAAACCAAACCAAACCAAAACAAAACACAAUGUUUGCUAAAAUGCGUCUCUUCUCCACAAGGAUUACUUCCCAUUCCAACAGUCUAACCUACAAAACAAGUAAAACAUCUUUCCCAAUGCAAACUGGAAAUUGUUCAAAUAUACAUAUCUUGAUCCUGUAGCUUUUUGCAGUAAAACAUGGGAUUCUUUGUCA